CAGAGAUAUGACUAGUACGGCAGUUGCGGCUGGUGUGGCGUCGUAUUCUGGAGCAAGUAGUGUUGUCCUUGGCGACUUCUAUAUUCCUGUGGCGUCGUCCGUGUUACGUUUCGCGGUGUUUCCUUGGUCUUUUAGUGGCAUUUCGCUUCGCGUUUUGGGAGUAUCAUUGUUUCGCGCUUCGUGUAACAUGGUGGCGUGGCGAUUAUUUCGUGAUGUAUCCGUGCGGCAGAGUGCGGCAUCGAUCAUGAUGGAAUUUCUGGCGGCGGGAAUUGCUGCGGCGCACUGUG